AGAGCACGACCUUCGAGUACCCGCAGCAGCAUUCACCAUGAUAGUGAGGAACGCUGCCGUGCGGCAUGGCCGUCGCGCACUGGCGUCUCCCAUCUCCAGGACGCUCCUCCGACACCUUUCCACCGAGACCACGACCGAGACUCAAGUUGGGACGCAGUCUCAGCAAACGUGGGCUCAAGGCCCCCCUGCACCUCCCAAGAUCGUGUCCGCCUCACGGAAGAAGCAGAGGGUCGUGCAAGAUGGCAUCCUGUCCCUCGGCACUGACUCUGCGCAUGAGCACAAGGGCAAGUCAUGGACUACCAAGCACGCAACUACUGGCUCUGCCAAGCCUGUCACUCCUGCCCAGCAGUAUACCGAGUUCCGCCGCAUCCAGAACACCACUCGUAGCCUCGGAUCCAGUGUCGAGCGCCGCUACGUCCCCACUGAGCUGAUCAACAACCCGCCCGGACCCGAGGAUGUCUCGUUGGAGCUCUUGAUGGCCUCACAAACCCACAUGGGACACAGCACCUCUCUCUGGAACCCGGCCAAUUCGCGAUACAUCUACGGUGUGCGCCAAGGUGUUCACAUCAUCUCCCUUGAGACAACAGCAGCACAUCUUCGACGUGCGGCUCGUGUGGUGGAGGAUGUCUCGUACCGGGGUGGGCUCAUCCUUUUUGUGGGAAACCGAAAGGGCCAGAUGGAGAUUGUGACCAAGGCUGCUGAGUUGGCUGGAGCUUGCCACCUGUUCACCAAGUGGACUCCCGGAGGCAUCACGAACCGAGAUGUCAUUCUCAGGAUGCAGGGGAUGAAGGUUGUGGAUCACCUGGACCAGGAGCUGGAUGGCUUUGAGAAGUACAGUGGUCUUGCUCGACCUCUGUUGCCCGACCUGGUUGUCUGCCUUAACCCGCUGGAGAACUACACUCUGCUCUACGAGUGUGGUUUGAAGAGUAUUCCCACCAUUGGUGUAAUUGAUACUAAUGCGGACCCUUCGUGGGUGACCUACACGAUCCCCGCCAACGACGAUAGUCUACGAGCUAUGGCUGUUGUUGCGGGUGUUCUGGGCCGAGCUGGCGAGGCUGGCCAGAAGCGCAGACUCCAGGAUGCCGCACACGGUAAAGUCGCUUGGAGCAAUCCCGAAGAUCUUGACCGCCACAUCAGAAAGGAGACUAAGGCUGCUAUCGAGGAGAGGAAGGCGGUCAUGGGCCACAUCCAGCACAACAUUGAGGGCUUCACUGAGGAGGAGCAGAAGCUCUUGAGGACGCAGUUCUACGGCGAGGAGGCAGAAGUUACCGAGGACGACAUGAUGAGCAUUCUGGGCGAGGCUGCGCUGGGCGACUCGGAAGAGGCGGCCAUCAAGACCACCGCGACCACCGCGACCACCAACAGCAGUGAGCCGGAGACGGCGCACAAGCUGGCGAGUAUCGAGGAGGAGCUGGAUGGACUGAAGGAGAAGGCUGCAGCGAUUGAGACCGAACUCAAGUCUAGCAGCGAAAAGCCAGAGUGAAGAGCAUAAAAUAUUGUUGUACAGUAUGGCGAUGUAUAAUAAACCCAAGCAUGUAGAGAAACAGAUAAAAAGGGCCUGUAAGCUUCGAUGUAAAGACAUAUACCUACCUGUAGGUGGGAUUUAUCUACUUCAUAUGAGGUGGCUUGGUUGAUAGUGGAACGGAUAAACUAUGUCCCCCAUCACAAGACCAAAGUCUGGUGUGUAC